CCUAGGCUUAGACUAAACCUAUGACUAAGUCGAGUUACAGUGCUGCCGCUGGUUGCAACAGUGCUGGGGCCACUGGUUAGGUUAGUUAAUUAACCUUAGGUUAGUAGACCCUCGGCCCCGGGCCCUCCCAUGGUAAAAUGCAGGCGGCCGCAGACGCUCCCCCAUCAUCCCUGCGCCUGGAAACAUCUCGAUCCCCGCUUGUCGCAAGUGGACUUUGUCGCAAGUGGACGGGCAUGCCGCCGGAUAAGAUCGAUUGAUUGCAGUCACCAACGUCCCGGGUUUGGGCUGAUGCCAUGCUAUGCUAUGCCAUGACAUGCUGCUAGUCUCAACAGGUAUCCAUUCGUCGACUUACUCACCAUGUUCAUCACCUUCAAGAACGCCGGCAAGGAGAAGCCCCAGCAGGGCAUGGAGCAGGUCGCGUCGAGGAACGCAGGACCUGGCGGCGACAGAGGCAGUUCACGUCGCGUCCGUCCCACAUUCAGGCCGCCUUGUUUGGCAUGCCAGUCCAAGAAGCUGCGCUGCACCGGACGCCUGCACGACUGUGACAGGUGUGUAUCCAGGUCACAGGCCUGCAUUUUCCCCGUUCGACGCUCAAGCGAACGCUCGUCCGACCCCCCAAGCAACGACUUACAGUCGCCCACGAGCCGUGGCACGCCCGGCUCCGUGUCUUCGGCAUCGUCAAGAGCUGAACGGACGAAUCGUCUCGCUCACGGCCCGGACGGCCUCGUGGAUAAUAACCCCCACCAUGCAGCGCCAGACCCGGAAGUCGAGGACAUGCCAGAUGCUACAGAGAUGCCUCAAGACACUGCCGACUAUGCUCGGGACCAUUCCGAUUUUGCUCAAUAUGGCCCGCAAUACCUUGCCAACGGGACCAUGACCGCCAUGGCCACGACUCAGAACAUAUUUGCUACUGAUCUCGCAACCAUGCCUCCGUUGGACCUGCACAAAAGCCACGAUGCACUCGCGUCGGCCGCCACCACACGUGCACAACCCUCGACGGCUCUGGAUUGGGCUCUCGAACAGCGAGGCGGCGAGGAGCCGCCCUCUGGACUAGAUAACACCAUGGAGCAGAUGCAUGUCUCCAAGUGCUCGUGUUUGCAGAGUUUAAUCCAGAUUGUACAGCAGCUCGACGAUGAUCACUACCGCAUCACCACCUUGUCUCUGGAUCAGGUGCUGCAGCUCCAAAAAGGCCUGGUUGCACAAUGCGACAAGCCCUUCGCGUGUCUCGCUUGCGACGAUGUCCCCGCCAUCUAUACCUUUCUUGUUAUAAUCUGUGAUCGUCUUACCGAGAUGUUUGAGUGUAUCCAUAAGAGAAUCAAGAGGAUGAACCAGCGCCUCACAAACGAUGAUAGUCCCGGCUCCUUCUCGGGAACAAAUAGCUCUUCCGAGGCCGGGGAAUCCAUUUCAGGCCAGCUGUUCUGCAGCACAACGGGGGAAAUGGCCACGAGAGCAUCAUGCAACCCUGCGCUCUUCUCGCCCCAUUUCCAGGACUCAUUCUCCAACGAAGAACAAUUACACAUGGUUGGCGCACUGUUAAAACUACAGAUGGGCAGCUUUCAGAGUCUGCUUGCCCGCGUGAGGAAUUCCGCCUCUGCAGCGGGCAGCCAGGCUCGUCAAUCUAGGGUUGACUUUCUGAAGCAGAGAUUGGGGAGGGCGGCAGGUAACAUCAGUGAAGAGUUGCGUCGCACGGCGCAAAUGUUGUCUGUUUCGUGAGGGUACUUGCUUUCUGGUGGUGCCUUCGCCUCCUACGGCUACCUAUAUAUGGUGGCGGCGAGACCUGACCGCUGUGUACAAGGCGCCAACAACCACCUCUGCACAAAAACACUUGGAAGCCCCUCGAUACUUCAACAUCCUUCUCUUGUCAAGCCGGAGCUACAAGACCCUUUCAGGGCGGUCCACCAUUCUACUUUGGCGACCCACUACAAUGUGGCCAGCACGGAGAUACGACGACGAUAGUGUCCCUCAU